GAGAGCCUUUUCCUUUCAUCUCCGUGGAUAUGAACCUCAAGUGGAUCUUGUUGUCUCAGAUUCCUAGUGGAUUUCCCUGUAAUUCCUCCCUGGAUCUAAACAGCUGUUGAAGUCGUGAAGACCAAACCGUGCCUUCUCUUCAUUGAAGCUUCAACAUGGGCCCUUGACUGGGUUCCCUGGCUGGAUUUUUAUUUUAUCUCUAUUUCACCAGGCGGUCCCAUUGAGAUCAAAAGACUUCUUUUUCAAGGGAGACCUGGCCAUUAAGGAUGGUGCUAUGUUGCGCCCCCACUGAUCACCACCACUGCGUGCUCUACAGUGAAGAUUCCUCCAUGUGCUGUCUAUACUGACAUCCCUACUCAUGGAUAGCCGCUGGCAGGCCUAGCUGGAGAACAAACAACAUCUGGGCGUAGGGAGAGAGAAGAGGGACAAGGUUCAGCAGACACAUAACCAGAUGGUGUCACUCCAACAACACUACUCCAGCAUGGAGGAGAUGGUGAGGACCCUGCUACAGAACCAGGACACACUGGAGGACCCCAGCGUGGAUCCAUUAGACCUCAGGAAGGCCUACAAGGACAAACUCCUGGAGGAGAUGUGGAAACAGCAGGACAGUCUGGAGGGCCCACUGCCCCCCUCGAAAGAAAGGAGGCCCAACUCUCCAGGAGCUGUCAGUAGUGGACACGAGGAGGACUACGACGAGACUAAGCCCAUUCUAGAGCGUCUGCGGGCCCUUGAGGUGGAGAACUCUGCCUUGACAAAGGAGAACGACAACCAGAGGAGGCAGUAUGAACGCUGUCUGGAUGAGGUGGCCAAUCAGGUGGUUCAAGCUCUCCUCACUCAAAAGGACCUGAAGGAGGAGUGUGUGAAGCUGAGGACACGCGUGUUUGACUUGGAGCAGCAGAACCGCAUACUGAGCGUUCUGUUCCAGCAGCGGGUCAAAACAUCCACCAACCCUAUCUCUCAGGUAGGCUGGCUUGGCAUAGACUGGAUAAAGACAAAUAUUGACCAGUUAUAAGCAUGCUAUAAUCGCAUUUGAGCAGAUUCAUGGGUUUAUAAUAACAUUACAAGUUGAUGACCUUGAACGUGUAGUCUAGAAUUGGUAAAUACAUUUUUUGACUAGUCAUUUUGACUUUAAAGUAAUGAUAUAUAGCCACUGGUUAUUGAAGACUAUGACUUACAAAAGUCUCAUGAGCUUAGUUCUACUGUCUUAC